UGUCUGUCGCGUCUUCUGCCUGUUUGCUGUGGUUAGACAAAAAGCAGUUUUCACAACGAAAAGAUGCGAGUUCUGAACUGGAGAGCGCGUCCUGUUCCUAAGCAACCGUGCCUGUAACAGAGGAGGUAGAGCUGGUCUCAGGGAGUGAAGUCCCAUACUACUGUCACUGCAGGGCACUGCGCCAGAGCAUGGCGGCUAUCCGAGAAGCACUGAAAGAUGUAGAUGAGACCCUGUGUGAAGAAGCACUCUGUCCACACCCACUUUGCUGGGAGACUCUGAGGCGACUUCAGCGUGGGCUUCCUCGUAGAAGAUUAAAGUCCAUCCAUAAAGUCCCUCCAGAAACUGAAGAUGAGUUGCCAUCCCUGAGUUUACUGGCGCUCCCCCAGUGGAGUGCAGAUCGGAUGGUUGGUGAAUUGGAUCUACCCACAACAUCAUCGACAACCAGUGUCAGCUUUCAGCCUCAUGAAGCAGCCCGACCUGGUAGCCCACAGACUACGAUGGGGUGCAACUUAGACAGUCUGGACAGAAGCCACAUCUGUUCCUCCGGAACCAGGAGUGGUUCUUCCACGCUGAGAAAGGCUAAGGUAAUGGAGUUAAAGCAAUCUCCAUCAUCUUGUGAUCAGUACCUGGAGAAGACAGUGUUUAUCUGGGUCCCAAAUCCUUCAUAUGAUCGGAGACGACAGAAAAAGCGGACGCAAUCCAUCACAUCUGCACGGCAUGUCACUGUCCAAGAACUCAAGUUCCAGGGCCAGUCCCAUGAUGAGCAGAAACAAAGUGAAAAAACGAAAAAGAAGGUAAAAGACUAUGUCCCUACUGGUGGGCAGCCAUACACCUUCCUUGCCAGACAACAGCAGCUCCUUAAGGAGGAGAGGGACACAAAAAAGGGCAAAAAACAUUCACUACAGCUGGCUGGACCGAACCAGAGUGUGGAAGAGAGCCAGGACUCUAGAAAGCUCUCAGCGUAUGUUGAGCCUACCCCACUCCACAAGAAAUUUGCCCUCCGUAGCCUCACAGGGAAGCAGCAGCAAGUUCUACCAACCACCAGCUACAAAAUGGAUGGCAAGUUCUUGAAGGGCAAGAGGAUGAACAUCAUUCAGAUGGAGAUUUUGAAACGUCAUAAGUACAUAGAAAAGAAACUUUCUGCUUCCCACAAGAUAGUCACAGAUGAAUGGACAGAGCAAUACCCUGAAUUAUUUAGAAGGGAACUGAGGAGUGUUUCAACUCCCUAUUCAAACCUCGGUGACAACAUACAGAGCACUAACCUCAUGCCGGAAAUUAAAAUUGAAAUGCACGAUAGCUUACCAACUGCUGUGGAUAACCAAACGGCAGCAGAGACUGACGUAGAGAGAAAAUUCACGAUCACAGAGCCAGGAGAUGAACUGCAAAUUGCAAAGCAGAUUGAUGAGCCACCUCUGAGUACUACAACUGAAAUGGGGUCCACCAUUGUGCAACAGAGACACUCUGAAACUAGCUUUUCAGUUGCCGAGAAGAAUCACGAGGAUGACUCCACUGCUACCACUGAAAUGGGGUCCACUAGUGUGCAACAGAAACACUCUGAAAGCAGACAUCCACUUGCUGAGAGGAACUCCCAGGAUGUCCCCAGUAGUAACACUGAAAUGGGAACACCAACAGUGGGACAGACACGACCUGAAACCAGCCCUUCAGUUGCUGAAGAAAGUUACCAGGGUACUCCCAGUACUACCACGGAAAUGGGGUCACUAAAAGUGGGGCAGAGACUUUCUGAAAGCAGUCUUUCAGUUGCUGAAGGAAGUUACCAGGAUAUUCCCAGAACGCCUGAAACAGGGGCAUCAAUAGUGGGACAGCUACUCUCUGAAAGCAGCCUUUCAGUUGCUGAAACUCCCGAUAUUAGUACUGAAAUGGUAACACCAAUAGUGGGACAGAUGCUUUCUGAAAGCAGUCUUUCAGUUGCUGAAAGAAGUUACCAGGAUCCUCUCACCAAUACCCCUGAAAUGGAGUCACCAACAGUGGGACAGACACACUCUGAAAGCAGCCUUUCAGUUGCUAAAAGAAGUUACCAGGAUACUCCCAGUAUUGUCCCUGAAAUGGUAACACCAACAGUGGGACAGACACACUCUGAAAGCAGCCUUUCAGUUGCUGAUAUUCCCAGUAUUAGUACUGAAAUGGUAACACCAAUAGUGGGACAGAUACUCCCUGAAAGCAGCCUUUCAGUUGCUGAUAUUCCCAGUAUUAGUACUGAAAUGGUAACACCAACAGUGGGACAGAUACGCUCUGAAAGCAGCCUUUCAGUUGCUGAUAUUCCCAGUAUUAGUACUGAAAUGGUAACACCAAUAGUGGGACAGAUACUCUCUGAAAGCAGCCUUUCAGUUGCUGAUACUCCCGGUAUUAGUACUGAAAUGGUAACACCAACAGUGGGACAGAUACUCUCUGAAAGCAGCCUUUCAGUUGCUGAUACUCCCGGUAUUAGUACUGAAAUGGUAACACCAACAGUGGGACAGAUACUCUCUGAAAGCAGCUUUUCAGUUGCUGAUAUUCCCAGUAUUACUACUGAAAUGGUAACACCAAUAGUGGGACAGAUACGCUCUGAAAGCAGCCUUUCAGUUGCUGAUAUUCCCAGUAUUAGUACUGAAAUGGUAACACCAAUAGUGGGACAGAUACUCUCUGAAAGCAGCCUUUCAGUUGCUGAUACUCGCAGUAUUAGUACUGAAAUGGUAACACCAAUAGUGGGACAGAUACUCUCUGAAAGCAGCCUUUCAGUUGCUGAAACUCCCGGUAUUAGUACUGAAAUGGUAACACCAGUAGUGGGACAGGUACUCUCUGAAAGCAGUCUUUCAGUUGCUGAAAGAAGUUACCAGGAUACUCCCACCACUGCCCCUGAAAUGGAGUCACCAAUAGUGGGACAGACACACGCUGAAAGUAGUCUUUCAGUUGCUGAAACUCCCAGUGUUAACAGUGAAAUGGGAACACCAACAGUGCGACAGAAACUCUCUGAAAGCAGCCUUUCGGUUGCUGAAAGAAGUAACCAGGAUACUCCCAGUAUUGACCCUGAACUGGAGUCACCAAUAGUGGGACAGAAACUCUCUGAAAACAGCCUUUCAGUUGCUGAAACUCCCGGUAUUAGUACUGAAAUGGUAACACCAGUAGUGGGACAGGUACUCUCUGAAAGCAGUCUUUCAGUUGCUGAAAGAAGUAACCAGGAUACUCGCAGUACUAUCACAGAAGAGGGAUCUCUGACUGCAGAACUGAUACAGUCCAGUGAUGAAUUCAGUCAAGUUACUGGAAGAAAUGGACAGGAAGAUCUCAGUACUGCCAAUGAAAGUAACAUCCUGAACCUGGAACACAGAAAUCUCAAAGGGUCUGCAGAUCAUGAGAACAGCACUGACAUAAUCUUGAGAGGUGAACAAGAUUCUGCAGCUCCCAACGAAGGCACAUCCACACAUGUUACAGAGAUGGAUCAAAGAGGAGAAGAGGCUUAACAUCAGGGAUGCAUGGAAAAUUAUCAUUUAAAACUAUUUCUUUUCUCUCCUUUCCACUUGCAAUUUAAUGAUAUCUGACAUGUUGACUUUUGAGAUACUGGUGAUAUUCAUGAUUUGGAACACUGUGAACUGACUGGUGAAUUGUCACGCUGAUCAAGAUAGACCACAUUAAUACUGAAAUUUUCUUGCUAUCCAUUGUCUACUUCAUGUUUUCCCUCAUCAGAAACAUUUCACUAUGACAGUAACCAUAAUCACAGCUGUGUGCCUUCAUUCCAACUUCAGCAAAGCAUCCCUUCUGGACCAGAAAAACAUUUCAAAUAGCAGUUAUAUUUGCAUCAUGAUCACUGCUUCUGUUUACAAUGUAGUUUCUCCUUUGCUUGCUUGCCUGCUUUUCCUUAUGGAAUUUUUUUUUCUGUGCCUAUAUUGUUCUACUAUCACUGUGGGAACAAAUAUCAUCUGAUAUUACAUAUAUAUUGCUUAAUAUUUUCUCUUUGCCUCCACUCGUUCUUCAUUGCUUUGAUGUUAAAUUGUCUGUACAUUAUCUGCUGUUAAUCUGUAUUUAUUUGUCAACCUUUAUUCUGUCUCUUAUCGCAAUAUCACAGCAUCUCAUCUGCUGAGCAGAAAAGGCUAAAUGCAUCCAUGUCACAUUUUUACAUUUUUAGGUGAAUUCUCAGGAUGUAUGCAUCACUGGUAUGCCGGGCAGUAACUGCCAAUCCCAGUUACUGGUGAGAACAAGGCUGUGAGCCUAUUCCUUGAACUACUCUUUGAUACAACCAAACAGCUUGCUAAGGUAUGUCAAGGUCAGCUAAAAAAUCAAUGAUGUCAGUGUGGCACUGGGAUCACAACUGAGGGAAAAAGAGAGGAAUUGCCUUUCCCAGAACAGAGGAUUUCAAUCUUUUUGCUUCCCGGUUAUGAAAAUUUCACAGUUCGCUGUAACACGAUUACUUUUGAUUGUAAAAAGUUGUUAUAUAA